ACUAUGUAUGGCCAUUGUUGAAGUAGAACUAAAGGAUGGUUGGGGUUGGUUUUUAGAGAAUUUGAUACAAAUCAUAGGAAGACCUGAGGAUAAGGGAUGGUGUUUCAUGUCUGACAGGCAGAAGGGUUUGAUUGAAGCAUUCAAAAGAUUGAUGCCUAAUGUGGAGCAUAGAUUUUGUCUGAGGCAUAUGUAUGCCAAUUUCAACAAGACCUACAAAGGAAAAGAGUAUAAAGAUUUGUUCUGGGGAGCAGCUUUUGCUUACACAGUUCUAGAGUUCAAUGAUAAAAUGGCAGAGAUUAAAAGUGUUGAUAAAAAGGCACAUGAGUGGCUGCUUCAGGAGGAAAAAAAGGUUUAG